UGACUUUUAAUUUGUCUUUUUUAAACUUGCGUGAGUGUUUUGAAUCGCAACGUAUGUCACUCGUGACCAAUCAGAGGAGACGUUUUGACGCCUUGCCCCGCCUCCCCCAAUACGGGAUUCGCAUCCUUCGGUUGAAUUUCUGAGCUCGUUCACUGAGAGAGAUCGAGAGCGCGCACUGGCGCGUUCGCGUGAAACCCGCCAGAAUGAGCGCCUGCACGCAUAGUUUAGUGACGCGCAGGGGCGAGCAGAUUAUCAACAGAUGGAAUUUCGACUUUUACGUGUUUACAGCAUUCGACGCGUUCAGAAACGGAGAUUUUACCGCAUUCAGGGAGUUCACCAACAUUAUUGAGAGUUUGGUGGUCAGACCCAUUGAUGGACGCAGUGACAUCAUUAUCAAACUUCGCUUUAUGCAGUUUCUGUCCAGGAUCAACAAUGGAGAUCGGUUAGAUAUCACUUUUGAAGACCCGCUGACACCUCUGGAAUCUGCUCUCAAUGUGCUGAAGUCCAUCUGCAGUGACAUGAACGUCCCUCACGGAGACCACCAGCGCGUGCACAACUGCAUCAAAGAGAUGCUCAUAAUAGUUUGUAUCAGGGCUGGAGAGUUUGAGAGAGCCGGCCAGAUGUUACAGAAACACUUUCCCAAAGGAAUGGAUUCAGCUGGAAAGAAGAAGCUGUACAUGAAUCUGAUCAGAAACAGACGUCGUUCUCACUCAGCGCUGCAGGUGAACUCGUACAAUGACUUUAAACAGGACAUGCUGGACUUCAUCGACAGUCUCUACAGCAUUCCAGAGCCGUUCCUCCUCAAGAUGUUGUUGAGUCCAGACAGUCGGAUACAGAGUGAAGAGUCUCCUCAGAUCAGCGCAUGCCCUCAGAAGCGCAGUACAGAGGACUACACGUGUGCCACAUCAUCCCCACGCCGUUCGGCGUCUCCUCUGGCAGCCCCGGCGCAGUUGAGUUUGGAGAGCCUGCGUUUGGUUUACAGUAAACUCAGCGAGAUGUACGGGGUGAGCACACCCUUCUCACAGCUUCAGCGGGACGUGGAGAACGAGGCCCUGAUGGAGAGCAGGACACAAUCUGAUGCUGAGCUUCACCUGGCGCUGUCAGAGACGCCGCUCGAGAGAUUCCACACACAGCAGAACUCCGAGGAGGAGGUGAGGGACACGGGCGUCCACCCAGAGCUCCAUGAUUCUAACGGGAUGAAGGAGACGGAUGUUCAGGAGCUUCAGAAUGACAUGCAGCGGGACUCUGAGGAGCAGGUCAGAGACGCGGAAGUCCAUCCGGACCUUCAGAAUGACACGCAACAGGACUCUGACAGGGGGAAGAGGAACACAGACGUCUCUGGAGAACAGCGCUGUCCGGUGCGAUCCCUUUAUGCCGGGAUGACCGUGUCUCGAUUAGUGCUGGAGGACGACAGUCAGGCCAGUGAGGACGACACUCAGGUGGAUACGACAGCACAGGAAGAAGAGUCCACACAGAUCGACAUCAUCUCACCCGAUAGACCGUCUCCACAGACACGUUCUCACAGACGGACAAAUGCCGACCGCCUGCAGUCUGACCCUGUGUCUCCUGCAACUCCAUCUGUCAAUCAUACACACAUGAAAAAACAUCGAAACAAGAGGCGCAGAAUUUCCAGUGAUCCAGACUCUGAUCCAGACACUCAGACAGAGACAUGUAAUGGCAGUCCACCUCCAUCUGUCAGUCAAACACAACGAGAGACACAGAGACAGACACCUGUACGUCACACGCGUUACACCAGCCCUCCUGCAUCUGUCAAUCAAACACAACGAGAGACACGGAUACAGACACCUGUACGUUACACGCGUUACACCAGCCCUCCUGCAUCUGUCAAUCAAGCACAACAGGAGAAACAGAAAGGGACUCCAACACGUCACACCAGCCGUUCUUCAUCUGUCAACCAAUCACAGAGAGAGACCCCUGAUGUCAGUCAAGCACAACAGGAGAAACAGAAAGAGACUCCAACACGUCACACACGUUACACCAGCCGUUCUCCAUCUGUCAGCCAAUCACAGAGAGAGACCCCUGAUGUCAGUCAAGCACAACAGGAGAAACAGAAAGGGACUCCAACACGUCACACCAGCCGUUCUCCAUCUGUCAGCCAAUCACAGAGAGAGACCCCUGAUGUCAGUCAAGCACAACAGGAGAAACAGAAAGAGACUCCAACACGUCACACACGUUACACCAGCCCUUCUCCAUCUGUCAGCCAAUCACAGAGGGAGAAGCAGAGAGAAACUCCUGCACGAGCAAAACAAUGUGCCAAAAGUGGUGAGAAGUCUGACUGCGAUCAGAGGACAGAAAGUCCUGAACAUCAGACACCAGAGAAACGGCAACAACACAAAAAGCACAUAAUUGUCAUUGAUACAGAAUCAGACUCUCAGCAGGAGACAGAAGCUCAGAUAGAGACUCGUAAUAGUAGUUCUUCUCCAUCUGUCAAUCAAACACCUCGAGAGAAACGGAGAGAGACUCCCGCACAUCAGAUGCGUAGCAGUAGCGGCAAGAAGAAACAGGACAAGAGGGAACGAAUAGCCAGCGAUUCAGAAUCUGACUUUGAGUCAGAAGCUCUGAAGAAACCUCCUGCACAUCACAGCAGUCCUCUUCCAUCAGUCAGUCAAAUAAACACUGAGAAACAACACAACAAGAGGGCCAGAAGAUGGUUGGAUGUGUCUGGGACUCAUGAGGAUUGGAGUGAUGAAGAGUCGUUGUUCAGCGGUGCUGCAGGGUCAUCACGUAAUUCAUGUAAGGAGAAACAGACCAGAAAGAAGUGGACCUUGGAAGAGUCGAACUGGUUGAAGGAAGGCGUGAAACUUUUCGGCGAGGGCCGAUGGGGGAGAAUCCACUCGGCGUACCCGUUCAAAGACCGCACGCCCGUAAACCUGAAGGACCGCUGGAGGACCAUGAAGAAACUCAAACUGGUGUGACGGCACAUUUUGUAACAAUCUUAACUUCUGACAGUUCUAAAAGGAAGUAGAAAACUUGAUUUUAACAAAAAAUGCUUUGUAAAUUGCUCCUAAAAUUCUGUUUUAAAAAAGUUUUAAGUUUUCCUUUUUUUGUAUUAAAUGUUUAACACAUUUGCAGCAUUGUUGUUUUGACAAUCUUUUUGUUUUAUUGUGUUUAAUUAAAAUGGAUUAUGCUGAACGGGUGUAGA